AUGUCGAAUUCAACAGAUGUACCAUCAUUAUUAUUUUUUGUCAUUAUUAAUUCAUUAAUGCUAAUAUUGAUUGUUAUUGGUGUAAUAUUUGGUCUAAUUGUUAUUAUUCUUAUUUCUACUCACAAAAAUAAUCAUACAGUACCAAAUAGUCUCUCAUGUAAUUCAUGUUCAGGUGGUCUAUUUUAUUUUUGUGUUUAUACUGUUUUUAUUAUUUAUGAAUAUUUACCAGAAAAAUAUCGAACAAAUCCUCUAUUAUGUCAGUUACAAGGUUACAUGUACAGUGUAUCGUGUUGUGCCGUAACCUAUUCAUAUCUUGUUCAAGCAACAAAUCGUUUAUUCUACGCUCUAUUUUAUAAAUAUCGAUUUCUUUUAUCAUCAAAAUCUGCUUGUAUACUAAUUGUUAUCCAUUGGUCAUUGAGUUUUAUUCUCCCAUUUCCUAUUAUAUUUUUAAAUGGUUAUCAAUAUCAAAUAGAAAGUCAGAUAUGUAUUUUAACAACAAAACAAUUUCCAACAGCUAUGUACGGUGUAGCAGCAUUCUUUUUUGUACCUCUAAGUUCAGUAAUUGGUAUUUAUACUAUUAUAUUACAUAAUGCUUGUCAAAGAACAAAAAGAUAUGCUUCUAGAGCGAUAAGGAAACGUCAUCAUGCCACUGUUUAUUCGCGACGUUCUAGUCGCGAUUUAAAAGUUAUUCGACAUACUGUAAUUCUCAUAGGAAUUUUAACAGUGGGAGGCACUCCUUAUUGUAUUCUUAUUAUUCUUGACGUACUUAAUGCCGCUUCUCCAGAAUGGUAUUUACUAGUGACACUAUUUAUUACAUUUAGUGUAAUGGCAGACAUGAUCGUCAUUUUUGCGUAUAACAAAAGUUGUAUUAAUAUAAUUUACAAACCAUUCAAAUAUGAACCAUCACUAAAUAGUCUAUCGCAGGAACAACUAAAAGAAAAACCGAAUUCAUUAAUAUCAUCCGCAUAUUGUUAA